GGAGCCGCGCUCCGGGGCCGGCUCGCCGCGCAGCCGGCCGAGGCGGGAGGCGGCGGGAGGCGGCGGUGACGGCCGCGCGCGGGGCCGCCUGGCCGAGCCCCCCCGGCCGCCCGCGAGGAUGAAGCGGCUGUGCGAGGAGAGCUCGUCGGACACCGAGUCGGACGGCACCAUCGACGUGGGCAGGGAGGAGGAGUACAGCCAUGUUUCCAGGUCCGUGUCUCCCACUACGACCUCUCAGAUACAAGCCAGGAAGAAGCGGAGAGGGAUCAUCGAGAAGCGGCGCCGCGACCGCAUCAACAGCAGCCUCUCCGAGCUGCGGCGCCUGGUUCCCACGGCCUUCGAGAAGCAGGGGUCUUCCAAGCUGGAGAAGGCAGAAAUCCUGCAAAUGACAGUCGAUCACUUGAAAAUGCUUCAUGCCACUGGAGGCACAGGCUUCCUAGACGCCCGAGCUCUGGCCGUGGAUUACAGGAGUAUCGGCUUCCGCGAAUGUCUCACUGAAGUUGUCAGGUACCUGGGUAUCCUCGAGGGACAAAACACUGCCGACCCCAUCCGUCUGCGACUCCUUUCCCACCUGAAUAAUUACGUGGCUGAAAUGGAGCCUUCGCCUGUGGCCACUUCCCUCCUGCCCAUCCAGACCUGGCCGUGGUCCUUCCUCCACAGUGCCGUCGGCCCCGUACAGAUGCCCAGGAGGGAGGCUGCCCCCGCGCCGGUCGUUUUGACUGCAUCCUCCCUGGUGUACCCAAGCCCCGCUGUGAGGCCGGCCCCCCUUCGCCGCGUCCCCGGUGACGUGCUGCCGUCCCGCCGAAGCUUCCUGGCCACGAGGAUGGCCUCUUCCAGCCGGAGGGCCCGAGCCGCCGGCUCGUCCACAGCCGCAGCGGCCAUGCCCAGGAUGCCGUCGCCAGCGGGCAUGGUGAGAGAGGGCUCCUCCAAGAGCAGCCAAAUUGCGACGUUCCUCUUCUCGCCAGCCUCCGCCGGCGUCCCCGUUCCACCAGCUUACACGACGCCUCCUGCCUUGGGCAUGGCCGUGCAGGGACCCGGGAUCAGGGUUGGGACAUCCAGGAUCUGCCGCUCCUGGGCUACUGAAAUCGGGGCUUUCUGAUCCUCCCCUUCCCUUUGGAGACAGAAAAUCUUCAGCGCCCGCUGCCCACAGGCCUAAGAACAAACCCAGCUGAAAAGGCAUCUUUCCUGCUUUGCACAAGUCGAGGACCCAUAAAGAAAAUUCUCUGUACUCUUUCCUCCCUUCUGGCACUGCCUUUCUUCCCUCGCCAUCACACCUCCUCCCUCUUGCCAUGCCCGCGAGCGUGAAACACCUCCAAGUCACGGCACUUGCCUGUACGCAGCUGUGCCCACGGCCCCCCCGGCUCCGAGGGCAGGGGUGCCCGCAGAGCCCAAACCCUUCCCUCCCCCAGCAAACCCCCUCCGCGGAGCCCGACGUUGCUCUUCCUCGGAAAACAUCAGCCAGCCCUGAAAUACCGUCUUAUUUCCCUGGAGACUCGGAGCUCGCAGACAGACACUGGCUCAUGCUCGUUCCCCGGGACACGUCCCCGGCUGCAGCACGUAUUUCGGUGUGGUGGGACGGACCCAGCUCGCGCCCCGCCGGGACUGCUGGCACGCGGCAGGGCAGGCCAGGGCCUCCCCGCUCCCGCCGCGAACCGGCUGCCUGCUAAUCCCCGUGCUUUACGCCGCAUUGCCAGCUUUUCCCACUUGCGUGCCCUUCAGGUGGAGCCAGGCAACAGCUUAACAGAGUUAGUUCCCAUAAGCGAGCGGAAAUCUUGCUGUGCCCGCGUCUGCGGGGCCUGCGCUGGGAUCCUGCACGGAUAACGCAAGCGGGGCAGGCCCGGGCAGAGGGCAGCUCCUCCGGCCCCUGCUCCCCACCGAGGUGCGCAAAGGCGAGUCAAGGCACGACGCGGGAUUUCAAGGGGACGUCUGUCGCGGAGGGGAAGGCUCCGAGGAAGUGAGAAGAAGAGGGGUGGCCUUCCCCUCUGUCCGUGUCCCUGCUGGAGCCGUCUCUCCUCCCUCCCCUGCCGAACAGCCACCGCAGUGAAGGAGAGGAACAGGUUGUGCCAGCCAGCGUUGGAAGUGCCUCCCUCGCUUCCUCUUAGCCCCCACCUCUCCUCCCACAGUGUCCCUGUUUUCUUUCUUCAGCACCGUGUUUUGGUCUCGCACUGCUCAUUCAUCCUCUCCCUGGGCCAGAACCAAAACCCGCUGACGUUCACCUCAGCAAGCUCUGGGUCUGCACUUGUCCCAGUUCCCGAGAGCUUUUUCCUGCCUUGACCUGAGUGUCACCAGACACCCGACACCGCAGCCACCGCUCUGCUCCCGCCAGCUGCCCUCCCAGCCGCUGCGCUUCGGGCAGGAGGGAACAGGACCCCGAAGCCCUCGAGCUGCCCGGCUCCCGCACCACCUCCCCGGCUCCCGUGGCGGGCAGGGCAGGGCUGCCCGCUGCUCGCCCUCCUCGUCGGUCCUGAGUAACCCCCGCUCCCUGGAUCUGUGCCUUUAUGGGCUGGGAUCUAUGCGCAGAGUAGUCCGGACCCAGUUGCAUGCCCACCCGAAGGAGUCUCACCCACCUCAGUAGCACUGUGACACGAAAGAGAGAAAAGUGUAGAAAGGUCGGUGGAGAGAAAGGUAAAGAAGAGGGAGAAGGUCUCUCUCGAAUGGGAGAGGAUCUCCCCACGCCUCAGGUCAAACGAGCGGCCGGUUGGUCUGUGCGGAUGAGCUGGUGGUUACGCUCCUCCAGACCGCAUCUGCCGUAUGCAUGUUAAUGUAUGUCCCUGCUAUUGUUUGGAAAGUGAGUUCUUCCCCGUCGUUUCGAUGAACGUCAUCGCUCUUAACACACAGCAAUGCCUCCGCUACUUCUCCUCACCCCGGCCCUGAAGUGUCCGAGUCGGUCAGGAACAACAUAUUCCCGUUUAAUGGAGUCAAGAGGAAGGUCCCUGCGGACUGGUUGUUCCUGAGGCUGGUCUGCGCGCUAGAGCUCACAGCAAGUAGCCUGGCCUCACUUUACACUGUGCAGAGCUGUUAGAUUCACAAGCUGUGGCAUCCAGCAAAGGUGUCAAAUAAAAUCUUUCAAACCCA